GGAAGCGGAUAUUAGUUCCGUCGUCAUGCGCAAUUGUGACACUUAGCGCCAUAAUUUGAAAGUCGUUGCUACAUGAUCAGGCCUGAAUUCCAUUGGUAUUUGGUGCACGAAAGAGGAAAUAGCAGAUAGUAAAAAUGACAACACUCGAAGAUCCAUCCUUGGAGAGGCACUUCCGGGGUCACCGCGACACGAUCACCGCGGUGGACUUCAGCCCCAACAUGACACAGCUGGCCUCUGGGUCAAUGGAUUCUUGUCUGAUGGUGUGGAACUUUAAGCCAAAGAUGAGGGCUUACAGAUUUGUAGGCCACAAGGAUGCAGUCAUGUCUGUCCAGUUCUCCCCGUCCGGUCACCUCGUGGCAUCAGCGUCCAGGGACAAGACAGUGCGACUCUGGAUACCAAGUGUGAAAGGAGAAUCGACUGUAUUCAAAGCUCACACAGCAACGGUCCGUAGUGUGGACUUCUCUAGCGAUGGGCAGACUCUGUGUACAGCAUCUGAUGACAAGACCAUCAAGCUGUGGACGGUUCACCGCCAGAAGUUCAUCUUCUCCCUAACACAACACAUGAACUGGGUCCGCUGUGCCAGGUUUUCUCCGGACAAUCGGUUGCUGGUUUCCGGCAGUGAUGACAAGACCGUGCGGCUAUGGGACCGACAGAGCAAGGAAUGCGUCCACACCUUCUACGAAACAGGAGGGUUUGUGAACCAUGUAGAGUUCCACCCGAGCGGCACCUGCAUCGCCUCGGCCAGCACGGACGGAGGAGUGAAGGUGUGGGACAUCAGGAUGAACAAGAUACUGCAGAACCAUGUCGCUCACACCGCCGCCGUCAACAGCCUGUCCUUCCACUCCAGCGGCAACUACCUCCUCACAGGCUCCGACGAUGCCACGGUCAAGAUAUUCGACCUGUUGGAGGGCAGGAUCUUCUACACUCUACACGGCCAUCAGGGCCCAGUGACUGCUGUGGCAUUUUCAAGAAAUGGAGAGUAUUUCUCAACAGGUGGUGCAGACGAACAGGUGCUGGCCUGGAAGACCAACUUUGACCAGAUAGACUUCAACCAGGUCUUGCCCCGACGAUCCACCGCGCCCCCAACAGUGGAAGAUAUACCACCACGGUCGCAGAGGAAGUCGCCGAGAAGGCUUGAUGCACGGUCAGAGGUUCGCUGCAUGGAUGAUGAGGACCCGGGGGUCACUGAUGUGGGCCCCGCCCUCUUCUCCUCCCAGCCAACACUGUCUAAUGGUGUGUCAGAUCACCUCCACUCGGACUAUGACAUGGCCUCCGCCCGGGACGUGGACACAUCCAUGUCACAGCGGUCGCGGGACUACACAUCAGUCACACAGCCCCUGGAGUUGAGGUCAAUACCGCCACAGCUCACUCAGUUCAUGGAGAAGAUUGCAGGCCAGCUAGACAUACUGACUCAGACUGUGUCGCUGCUGGAGCAGAGACUGACGAUGACGGAGAACAAGCUACGCGAGUGUUUGGACAACCAACAAAAAAUCACCCUGCAAGUCCGCCCCACAGACUGACGGCGUCCAGUACCCUGACGUUUGUCAUCCCCAACAGACCGAUCUUCAUCACAACGUACAUCCUGGCAUCUAGCACUGUCUCUCUGAAUGCCAUGUGAUGUGGUAUAAUGAGGAACAGAGAAUAAUUACAGCUCAGUUUUAAAGAAUCCUUUAGUGGUAAAAGAUGUGCAAGACCGAAUGGGCCUACUUGGAGCUGCAGGGGGUGUGGCUGGGCGUGGCAGCUGUCUGCAGGCAGCUCUACCCUCAGCAUGUGUCACUUGUCUAAUCUCCCCACCUUAUGCCACAGUUGGAUGUCAUAGUUGUAGAUGUAGUUUUAAAUUAUUUUUCUAUCUUUAUGAAAAUCUGUGAUACUUGUACAGGUGUGUCUUAUAGUCAUCGGAACAUUGGUCUUGUUCCUAUUACUCAGAUCUGUUAUUACGUGUCGUUAUUAUCUGUGGUACGUUUAGAAAUCCUUUCCUCACCAGCUGAUGUCUACCAGUGUCACUGAGCAAUAGAUGGCUCAGAACCUGAUACAGCUUAGCUCCAGGCCAGGGGAGACACGGAUAUUACAAAACAUUUUUUUUACCUGUUUUAAUCAUAUUCAUGUACCUGUGCCCCAUUUUGUUCUAAAAAAUAUUGUAAACAACAGUUUGUUUAUUUCAAAGGUCCUAUGUGGUUGUUUUGUGGUUUACUUCAUGAACGUUUGGGCAGAAUAAAAAAAAAUAGCUUCAAGAUGACUGGUUCUGGCCAUGAAGCUUUGUUGCCUCCAUUGUAAGUCACCUGGACCGUUGGCCAUGAAAGAAAUGCAAUAAACCUAGAAAAAAACUCGACCUCCAGAUGCUAUGACUUCAUCUACAUGUUACUGUCUUGCUGCUGGGUGUACCUGCCCACUACCCCUGGGUCUGGUGGUGGCAGUUGACCAGAUUGUAUAUCGUCAAGUGUACAGCUGGUGUAGAUUUCUAGUGUUCAGUGGUAAACAAAGCUGAGUUGACUCGAUCGUCCAGAUUAUGAUAUGUACACAUGCAAGACAAGUGCUUACUUGCCUCAAAUACGUAGUAGGGUGCUGAUUGCUAGGAAGAAGUCAUCAUCCCGGAGGAAGGAUCAGCUAGACACAUCACCACCAUUUUGUUUGAUGUUAUUAAGCUUGUAACAUAUUUCACAGAAUAACUUUGGUUGAAUGAGGAAUGGGUGUGAAACAUCAUCAGACUGAGUUCCAGUCCUGGGAUCAGCGGUACAGGAUUACAGGACCAUCUGGUACAGGGUUACAGGGUUACAGGACCAAUAUCACACCAAAGUGCCUGCUCUGGUACCUCGGGAUCCAUGGUACAGGGUUUCAGUACCAAUAUUGCACCCAUGUGCUGAUCAGAUUCUGUGAGGACUACAAGCUAACCUGCUCUGGUACCUCGGGAUCAAUGGUACAAGGUUGCAGUACCAAUAUUGCACCCAUGUGCUGAUCAGAUUCUGUGAGGACUACAAGCUAACCUGCUCUGGUACCUCGGGAUCAAUGGUACAAGGUUGCAGUACCAAUAUUGCACCCAUGUGCUGAUAGGAUUCUGUGAGGACCACAAACUAACCUGCUCUGGUUCCGAUGUCCAUCCUCGUGUGUAAUACAUGCCCUGUAAGGAACAGAAUCCAUAUCUUUGUAUAAUUUUGCUGAUAUUAAAUUGUUAGUUUGUCAACUUUGAGCUAUCAGACAAGAAUUUGAAUAAGUUCCAAGCACCCAACACCCAGUUCCUGGUUCUCUCCAGAGAUGGGGCAUGGGGUAGCCUUGUGGUUAAAGCAUUUGCUCCUCAUGCCGAAGGCCUGGGUUUGAUUCUGGGUUUGAUUCCCCACAUGGGUACAAUGUGUGAAGCCCAUUUCUGGUGUCCCCCGCCGUGAUAUUGCUGGAACGUUGCUAAAAGCGCUGAAAGCUAUACUCACUCACUCACUCCAGAGAGCUGCGAUUGUUUCCCUGUGGCAUUGACUGAUCAUUGAUCACCCCCGUGUCAUGCUGACUGUAUUCUGCUUAUGCUGUACAUAUGUGUGCCUGUGUAAUCACUGAGUAUAUCAUGUGUGUCUGUAUGUAUAUAUCAACAGCUGUAGUUUAACUGUGCCUAUGAGGCGGUGUCUGACUGACAAAGUCUGUACAAUAAACUUGUAUAUAUAUAUAUCCAU